AUGGCCGGGGCAGAGUUAGAAAAUUGUGCUUUCCGUGCGAAACAACUUAUCCAAGCAAACGACAGGAAUCUGGUUGAUGGUAGAGCUAGCUUCAAAGCCGUUGACGAGAUUAGUGACUUGCCCUUCACCGUCGCUUUUUCGUCUCCAUACAUUUGCAAAUAUUGCGUUACUAUUUUGAAGAAACGACACUCGUUUCGUUUGAAACUUAAGGAUAUAGACAAAGUGCUAAAAAAUAGAUACAACAGCGUAUCUUUACUUCAAGUUAAAAGUAAUACUUUGGAAGAACCUGCUGUUAAGAUUAGACUCGUCGGAUCGUCAUUUUGUUCCACGCCUCUCUCUAAGAAACAUGCGUUCACACAAACGAAUAAAUGUAAUUUUAUUCUUAAGAGUUCAAACAAGAACCAAGAGAACUUACCUUUUCAGCAGAAGGCUAACGCAUUGAACUACCCUAAGGUUUCUGUAGAAGUUGAAUGGCAAAAUGAAACGAGAAGAAGGGAAUUAUGCCCAUCUCUAAACCCUGUUGGCAAAAUGCUUCUAAGGGGAACUUUCAAACAAAUCGCUGCGGCUGCAUGGAGAUGUGAUCAGAUUAGGCCAUACAUGAUAACUCAAGCCUUGAAAGUUAUCAACAAAGAAUGUGCUGUCCUGUGUGCACGAAAAUCGCCAAGUAUGCUUCGUGCAGUGAAGAAAGAUGACAUCGUCAAAUUCAGCUUCAUGGAGUUAAAUAAAGAGCUCAAGCAAAAGUGCCCAUUGUUGCAUGCAGUGAUUAAAACAGCGUGUCUCAGAAAAUGUGACAUAAACCGAAAGACAGGGCUUAUUAAUGAAGAAACAGGUAUGAAUCAGAACAUAAAGUGGAUUCAACCACUCUGUAUGGCAGUAGCAAUUUGUGCCAAAACACGAUCAUCUCACCUCUCAGGGCUGCAGCUGAUAAUCUCCAUUAUACUACAGCAUUGUAGCCUAACAGCAGCAAUUGCCAGACUUCGAGUAGUGAAACUGACUGUCUCCCACCCAUGCCUACACAAAAAGUUAGAUGAAUUUGGUAAGCUACAAGAUUCAUCAAUCUUGGAACAAGUUUCUAGAGCAGGAGAAAUGUUAAGUAGCAAAAGGGAUUUGCAUGAAGAAACUAUUGAAAAAGAUCAAGAAGAAAGGGUUGUAGCAUGCAGAAAGCUACCUGAUUUUGCUGUAGCAAAUAAAGGUUGGAAGAUAGUCCUCGACAACAUAGACUACCAGCAAAAUGUACACCACAUGAGUGAGGAACAUCAAAAUUCAAUGUUCCAUUGGGUGACCUAUAUGACAACUCAAAAUAGAGUUUCAGGCAAUGAUUUAAGAAGUGAAAAACCACCAGGAAACAUUAGUGAACUGGAAUAUGGGAAAUUCCUACCAAACAAGAUAGAGCAUAAAGCCCAACGAGACGAUUAUGUCUUUCUUGUGGCACGCCUUUGCUCAACACACAUUCCAUGUCGCCAAUUUCUUUUACCAACAUUGAAGAAACACAUAAAACGUAGAUACACGGAUCUUACCAACAAGCCUACACAAACGACUUUUCAUGGUUGCAUCUAUGAAAACGAAAAUGAUUCAGAUGGGAUCCAGAAAGUGUUGCAUGUGCUACACGAAUUAGUGCCUAAAAAGGAAAUGGAAAAUGAAAAAUUAUUUGCAGAGCAAGGAGUAGUUGGAGACCAACUGUCUGUUGAGAGGGGAGUGAAUUGCCUAUUGGAGCUUUCUAAUGGUUUCACCAAGGAAGAACGUUUAGAAGGUCUCCAUUUUGAGAUAGCAGAUUUUCAAGCAGCAAUGAAAUUUCUACAGGUUAAAAGAAUUCACAUUUUUAAAAAAACCCUUUUGAUGAAACUAUACCAUAUUUUUUCUCAGUGAUGUUUUUAUUUGAACAAAAAUAAAAUGUUUGUUUUGGAUUAUUGGUCAUGUGGUUUAUGUCAUCAUGUAUUUCGAUCCCAAACUGGGUAUAUUUCCUAGCCAAUACAAACAGCUUCUGUUUGUUAUUAAAUGUUUUUUUUUCAAAAAAUAACUGUUUUCCCUAUCGAUGACUAGAUGGCUUUUUAAAAAAACAGGUUAUUGCCUUUAUUCAACUUUUUAGAUAUGAAAAUUGGAUGCUUAUUUCUUUCAUUUUAAUAGUAUAAGUUUUCUAAUCACAGUCAUUUUAUUUUUUUAAAGCUUGGAUUUGACAAUUUUUAUAGUGGAUCUGCUGCAUCUGAUCACUGCACACUCUGACAGUGUUUUGAUAAACAGGAGAAAUGUAGGAUCAGAUGUCAGAUCAAGGUAUGCUGCAUUCAAACAGUUUUUUCUCAUGGAAGUGGAGUGCAGAAUAAUAGCUGCCACAAUGGAAAUUCUCCAGUUGCAGUCACUUGAUGGUGUUCCACAAGAGAAUCACCUUCUUAUUUGAAUAAUGAAACUGUGGAGAAUAAGAGAAAAUUCUUGGAACAACUCUCAGCAGUAAUUGUUGACACAUACAUUCUCCAGCUUGACAAGGUUUGCCUUAGAACUAAUUUGAUACUGAUUCUAGCUUUGAAAACUUGUUAUGCAUGCUUUAUAGUAUAGAGUUCACGAGUUGUAAUAUCUUAGCAAGAUGUUGCCCUUUCACAUUGUUUAUGUCAAAAUCAUUAUGAACAAACCUUUUUAUAAACCCAAGUAGGUAAACCUGCAAGCACCCUCCUGGUAACAGAAGCCUACACUUAAAACUUGUGAAAAUAUAUAAUUCGUUUGCAUUUAGCUAACAGAACUUCUUCAACAAGCAAAAUCUGCCGAAGCUUGUUUUUCCAACAACCAUAAUGAAAACAAUAUGUGCAAGUUUUCUGGUUGCAGAAAGAUUUUCAAAUGAAAUUGCAACGCAAAAAGGCUCCAUGAGGCAUCACACAGUUCAGGUUCAGCUAACAGCGAUGACAUCUUCCAUUACCAAAUUGCCUUUUUGGAGUAUGGAAUGGUGGUAAAAAAAAUUUUUGAUGUCAUUGCAGAAGGUGAUGGAGAAAAACUGUUUAGAAGCUGGAAAUUUAUGCUGCUUUAUCUGAAAGGUGACGGUAGAAGAAGUUCAAAAUAUGCACUUGAGUGCAUGUACUUGAUCUGCCAGAGGUACUGUCUUCUUUCAGAGCAAGCAGCACAUAGACUAAUGUGGAACAGGUUUGUGAAAAACAAAAGUGGAUUUCGAGGCAACAUACCACUCGAUCUGGCACUGGAGAAUUUCAAUAGGCUGCUUAAAAAUGUCAUCAGAAUGCUUGGGCCAAAUGCAUCUAACCAUCAGGUAGUUGACAGAUACUGCAAAGCUUUGGCAACAAGCAAGGCAGUUAUUGAGAAAUGGGAUGAAGGUACCAGCUUUGUUGCUAAAGGUGGUAGGCAUAAUGUACCUUAUGUCUCUCGUGAUAUGGAAAAAAUUAUCAAAGAGCUUAUUGAGUGACAGGCUUUCAAGAAGAUUCCUGGACGUAAAUACAAGCAUUAUCAAGAUUUCAAUAAAAGUUUGAUCUCUGAUUUAGACAUUUCUGGCAUCUUUAAGUGGAUAAGCAACCAUGUGAACUUGGUGAGAAAAAAGAAAACUGCACGUUGAGGACCACCUUUCAAAAACAGUUUAUUGAACAAAUGAUUUCAGGGGUCAGGGAUGUUAGAGCCAACAGUCAUAUAUAUCAACAAUAGUGUAAUAUGUCCAUACCCACUUUUUUCAUGUCUACAAAAAUACAAUAGAGUUUAUUGUUUAUUAGUGGUGAGUUUCAAAAGUUAUUCCCUGCCUUUUGUGUCAGCACUCGCAGAAAUCUAACUGCCUAGCCUUUGUUUGUUUGUGCAAAAUGUUUUAUCAAUUUGACACAUUUUCAGUCAUUUUUGGCAACCCAAGCAAGUGACCUAGAGGAUUCAAAGCUGUUUUAUCAAAACACAGGAAAUAUAAGUAAGCUGAAUUGACCACAUCUUAAUGAAAAAAUGCAUUUGAAAAUCCAUUCCACUGCUAAUGUUUAGGAAUAUUAUAGUAUAGGUUCUGAUAGUAUUUGAACUACAUAGCACUUAGGGCAUUUUUUGGGCUGUUAAAGCGUUUUUUAAUGUUUCGUACAACAUUUGCAAUUAUCCUGCAAUUAUUUCUAAAUGGCCUUCUUAAUGAACAUAAUACACCGAGUAUUUUAAUAUUGGGUUUGGGUAUUUAAUCUUUCUUGGAGUGCAUUAAAGAUAAUUGUCACUGUUUUGAUGUUAACGUAUACCAAAGUACCUUUCAAUAGGAUUAUGUAGUUUUUAUAAACACUAUGGACGCUUUUAGCAUUUUUUAACUUUUAUUAAUGUCAUUGGUUAUCUUUCCCUGGAGCAAUUGCUCAUGCAAGAAAAAUCUCGAGCAUGCGUCACUUCUUACAAAAAGGUCUGUUUGAAUAUGAUUCAGUUGGAGCUCUUUUAAUGAUUUUGAAAGGUCACAUUUCAGGCUCAUAUAAAUAAUUUUGAUUCAUAAAAGAUAGAGCAAGAUAGAUCCUUUAAAAUCUAAAGAAACAAAUCCAUGAGCAUAUUGGUUGUAGAGUGCAUUUUGUUCUAUAUAUUGGCUGUAUUUAACAGCUUCUAAUUGUUUAUAAAAACUUUAUUUGUAAAUUAGCUUCUUCAGCAAUAUGUUCUAGUGCACUGUUGAUUUCUUCCUGUUGUUCCAUAUCUGUCGAAACAUCAAGGUCUGUGUCGGUACAAUCUAUACCAUCAAAAGCUGCACUAUGCAUUUCAGUGAUGUUUGAGUCUCCACAAUAACUAUCAUCACCAUGAUCGAGUUCAUGGUCUUCUUCUCCACAAAGGUCAUUAUACGUCAAAUUGAGCUCAAAGUCCUUGAAAACAUGGUGGAUAACAGCAAGUAUGUUUGCUGCAUAUUUGUUCCAGUAAAUAUUGCAAUACGUGGCUUCUAAAAGAGAUUUUAGCUCAACAAGUUUGCUAUAAUAACUUAAAAGGGUGCUGAUUUAUUCACAUCUGUUGUUGUACCCCUGCAAAUAAAAUUCAAAACUAACUGAUUUAUUGAAAUAAAGACAAAUAACAAUACUUAAGUCAGGCUAAGGACAUUAGUGAUUUCUUACAUUUAUUCAUUUACACAGAGAUGCUAAUAUUGCUUAUUAUUUAAAUUAAAUAUUUAUAACUUCAGUGUAUAUGUUUGAAGCUGUGGGAAAACAAAAUUGUGACUGUAAUGCAAUAAAUUAAAAUAAUAUUGAAAUGAUUCCUGCUGUCCCACUCACAAAGCUUUGUCAUUGAUCAAAUAGUUUUACUGAAAUAAUUUCUUCAUAAGGUUGUGCCUAUUUCACAUGGUAUCUUAACAUUUCAUCUGACAUGGCCAUCAUCAAUUUCCAAUAGCUUUUUACCAGCUUCUCUUGGAAAAGUUUUCUGUUAUUUAUAUUUUAAAUCUUGCCAUGGUAUUUGUACUCUAGUUACAUUCUGAAACAGCAUAGCAUGACUGGCAUAGUAUAUUAUAUACUGAAUUUGAAUACCUAUGUUUGUAUAUAGUAUAUUAUAUACUAGCUUUGUAUUAUGCUGCAUAUAUUUUAUUCAUUUACACAUCUAUUAUUGGAAUGUUUGAUAAUUUUAAUGUAAAGGUUUAUAACUUAAAAAAUAAAGGCAGCAACCAUAUAACCUAAAAUUUCAUUACCAGUGGACAAUGCAAUGAGCUUCAUCUAUUACAAUCACUUCAUAGUUUGUUCGGAACUCCUCACUAGAGAGCACUGAUCGCCAAUGAUCGGAGGCCAACAUGCUUUCUGGAGAUGUAUAAACUAAUGAAUAGUCGCCAUUCCCAAUUUCUUCCAGCACUUCCUGCGUUUGGCUUUCGUAUAUAGCAGCCCCUGGAACAGCUGUGGCUUUCAGCUUUUCGAUUUGGUCAAACAUCAAAGCGUUUAGCGGGGAAACAACCAGAGCCGUAGACGUACCAAUUGCUUGAUCCUUCGAUGUGACUAUGUUCGAUAUGUUCGAUGUGACUAUAGGGAGCUUUGAAGAAGCGGGAAUUUGUGAAGUGGUUGGUCUUUUCAUCCUCAAAAAGCUGGGUGCAAAAUACGGAAAAGACAACAUAGGUCUAUACAGAGACGACGGACUCGCUGUCUUUAAGAACACUCCUGGUCCACAGGCAGAGAGAAUCAGGAAGGACAUUACAAAACUUUUCAAGACUCACGGCCUCAACAUCACCAUACAGACCUAAAAAUUGUGAACUACCUCGACGUAACACUUAACAAAUCAAUUGUAUUGUCCAUACAGAAAGCCCAACGACCAGCCACUAUACAUCAAUACAAAGUCCAACCAUCCCCCCAACAUCAUAAAGCACUUACCUGGAUCAAUCAACCGUAGAAUAACUGACAUAUCAUGCAACGAAAGUGAAUUUAACAAAGCAAAGCCCAUCUAUGAAAACGCCCUAAAAGCCAGUGGAUACCUCGACACACUAAAAUACAACGACCACACAUCACCCACACGUAAAAGAAGAAAAAGACAGCGCAACAUAAUCUGGUACAACCCACCAUACAGCAAGAAUGUACAAACUAACAUCGGCAGAACUUUCCUCAAGCUCAUACACAUACACUUCCCCAAAAAUCACAAAUUCCAUCAGAUUUUCAACAAGAACAAUGUGAAAGUCAGCUACAGUUGUAUGGAUAAUAUGCAAACCAUCAUCAACAAACACAACAAGAAAAUUAUCAACACCAAUCCCACCACCACCAACGAGAAAACAUGCAACUGCCGAAAAAAAGACGAAUGCCCACUAGACAACAACUGCCUCUCUUCCAGCAUCAUCUACAACGCAUAUAUCACUACAACCGAAGACACUGUCAGCAAAAACUACAUUGGCCUAACAGAAGGAACCUUCAAACAACGAUUUACACAACACCAACUCUCAUUCCGCAACCGAAAAUACGCCAACAGCACCGAACUAUCAAAAUACAUCUGGGAACUUAAAGACAAAAACAAGGAUUAUGACAUACAAUGGACCAUCAUCACCUCAGCCAAACCAUACAACAACAUUACAAAAAGGUGUGACCUAUGCUUAACAGAAAAACUAUACAUCAGCAAAGCAAAUAACAACACCCUUCUAAACAAACGAUCCGAAUUAAUCUCCAAAUGCCAACACGAAAACAAGUUUUAUCUCAUGAACAAUAGAACUCCACCUAACUAAUUAACCUGUAUCUAAUAAAAUUUCUUUUGUCUAACUUUAUCACACCUUUUGUAUAUUUAUACCGCGGUAACAGGAAUACUCUUCAUUAUAGUCUGUCUG